AAAAAUACCAAUAAUUGCCGUGAGAAAAGAGAAAACAGUGUCUUUGACUUGAAUGACUCGAAGCAGACAUUGUAAGUAAACUUUUCAAAGUGUUUUAGUUUCUAUCUCUCGAGAAAACACUUUCAUGGAGGUUUAACUAUCACCAUCAGAAAGUAUGACGACGACGCAGAGUGCUAUGAGAAUGGUGGAAGGUGAUCAUCAUAUGAAGAAUUGGCAACAGGCUUCUAGAUUUGGUUCACAUGAUAUGGCUGUUGAAGAUUUAGCCUUCCUUAUGAAACGAAAUAGAUUAGAUAGUGGUAGUGCUGGUGGUGAUCAUAUCCCUAGUAGGAGUGGAAGCGCGCCGCCUAGCAUGGAAGGUUCAUUUGCAGCUCUUAGGAACCUAUUGAAGCAACAGGAAGGUAGUAGUAGCUCUGAAGUGUUGAGUAAGGCUAUUGAGAGUUAUGACUCUGAAGAAGAGAUACGUAGGGAUCCUGCUUAUGUAGCUUACUAUUUGUCUAACGUCAACUUGAAUCCAAGACUCCCUCCUCCCUUAAUCUCACGGGAGAAUCAGGGGAUAAGAUCUUCCUUGCAUUCUUCUAGAACUGCCCUUUCAACGCAUAGAGAAGAGCCUGAGGAUGAGGUCUCACUGGUUGAACAACAGCCUUAUGCUUCUUUGGCUAAUAUGAUUCAGCGGCCUCACUCGGCAGAAGACAUCCAUGCCAUUUCCUCUAGUAUAGCUUCAGAAAGAUUACAUGAGUCUGAUAUUAGUUCUCUCUCCUUGGAUGCUAUUGCUAGUGAAGAUACUUUAGCCUCACAAAAUUAUACUAAUGCACAGAAUGAGAGAACCAAGAAUAAUCUAUCUCUCUUUGGUGCUUCUCCAUCCUCCAUGAGGAACCAAGAGAAACAACAACACUCUCAAGGAAGGAGAGUGCCACCUCCAUCUUAUCAGGUUCAAGCUACUUCUGCUCCACAGCAAAUGAUGAUGCAUAACUUACCAAAGACUGCAACUACUCCUAUGUAUACAUCAACAUCAGCAUACAUGACUUCUUUGAGCCCAUUUUACAAUCAGUCCUCGGGCAUGUACCUCCCACAGUAUAGUUACAGCGGUUACCCUCAGUAUAUGAGUGGAUACCAAUCUCAUGAAGGGACUGUUCAUAUGCCAUAUGACAUCUCACCAACUUCUUCAGGAUACAACAACAACGCUAGGCUUCUCCCUGGAGGAGGACAUAACACUCCUUCUCUUGUGGAUCCUUUUCAGUGGCAAUACUACCAGCAGCCUCAAGCAGACACGUAUUCUCCUUCCUUCCAGAGCAGUUCUGAACUUCACAGCAAUCCAUUGAGUCCAAGUUAUGGAUUGCAAAGUCCACGGCACAUGGGGAACUACUUUGCUGUUCCCCCUGGUGUAAGAGUUAUGCCGCAGUAUCAAGGAUCACCUCUUAAUAGUCCAGUGAUGCCAUCCUCACCGGUUGGUGGUGGGAUGAUGGGGCAAUUUGGAAGAAGAAGUGAAACAAGGUAUCAUCAACAAGGAACGAGUAGGAGCACAUGGAUCUACCCUGGUGGAUGGCAAGGAGGCAACGUUGAUGAUUAUAAGAGACAUUCUUUUCUUGAUGAACUCAAGUCUCCAAAUGCUCGUAAACUCGAGCUGUCUGAUAUCACAGGGCGUGUUGUUGAAUUCAGCGUGGAUCAGCAUGGCAGCCGGUUUAUUCAACAGAAGUUAGAUCACUGCUCUGAUGAGGAGAAGGCAUCUGUCUUCAUUGAGGUUCUUCCACAAGCUUCAAAACUGAUGACUGAUGUCUUUGGAAACUAUGUUAUCCAAAAGUUCAUAGAACAUGGAACUCCACCUCAGAGGGAAGAACUUGUGAAGCAACUCGCUGGUCAGAUGGUUUCUCUAAGCUUGCAAAUGUAUGGAUGCCGUGUGAUACAAAAGGCCCUUGAAGUGAUAGAUGCUGACCAAAAAACAGAACUGAUACGUGAGCUAGAUGGGAAUGUGAUGAAGUGUGUUAGAGACCAAAACGGAAACCAUGUUAUCCAAAAGUGUAUAGAGAAUAUGCCUGUGGAUGGGAUUGGUUUCGUGAUUGCAGCUUUCCGCGGUCAAGUUGCCACUCUUUCUACUCAUCCUUACGGAUGCAGAGUCAUUCAGAGAAUUUUAGAGCAUUGCUCAGAUGGUGAGGAGACUCGUUGUGUAAUCGAUGAAAUCUUGGAAUCUGCCUUUGCUCUUGCUCAUGAUCAGUAUGGGAACUAUGUCACUCAGCAUGUCUUGGAGAGAGGGAAGCCUGAUGAGAGGAGAAAGAUCAUUGAGAAGUUGACAGGGAACGUUGUUCAGAUGAGUCAGCACAAGUACGCGUCCAACGUUGUGGAGAAGUGUUUGGAACAUGGUGAUGGUACCGAGAGAGAGUUGCUGAUUGAGGAGAUAAUGGGAAAAUCGGAGGAAGACAAUCACUUGCUGGCGAUGAUGAAAGAUCAGUACGCAAAUUACGUGGUCCAGAAAGUCUUGGAGAUCAGUAAAGAUCAGCAAAGGGAGGUUCUGGUGCAGAGGAUGAAGAUCCAUCUACAGAGUUUGAGGAAGUACACAUAUGGGAAACACAUAGUAGCUAGAUUCGAACAACUGUUUGGUGAAGAGAGUGAAGCAUCAGAAGGAGGAACAGAAGGUUAGACACUUUGGGUUGCAAUUAGAAAAAUAAAAUAUAUUAUAUCUGAAAAAAGCUUAUGUACAUAUGUGCUUGUAACUAUGAAUAUAAGUGUGAUCGUGUGUAUACUAUCUAAACGGUAAAAAUUGAUUUGCUCUUUCAUUAGAGUGAGGAACAUAGAGAAAAUGUU